AUGGGAUUUUCCAAGAUUUUCAUAUUGCUAGUUCUAGUAUUACAUAAUUACAUUGUUGUUGCUCAAGAUGGUCCCGAAAUCACCAUAGGAUUCACUGAGGGUGAAAGAUAUGCUCUUUUGGCACUCAAGGAUGGUUUUCACAAUGCUUUUCUCGACGAAAGCUGGCAAAGCUUUGAUUGCAUUAAUUGGUAUGGUGUUAAAUGCAACGGUAGAGUCGUUGGUUUAACCCUUGAUAGUCUUGACAUUGUCGGGGAAAUAAAGCUUGACGCACUUUUCAAUCUCACUGCAUUAUCGACAAUGAGCUUAAGGAACAAUUCGAUAUUUGGGCAACUAAUGGACUUCUCAAAGAAUCCGGACUUGACGCGACUUGAUCUGUCCGGAAACAAAUUUGAUGGGCUAAUUUCACCUUCACUUGUUAACUUGGUUCUCUUGGAGUCAUUACAACUUCAAGAAAACAGGUUGACUGGUCCAAUUCCAUGGUUUGACCAGUCUAGUUUAAAGGAAUUUAAUGUUUCAAACAAUAAUCUCACUGGGCCUAUACCAAAUACUAGCAAACUUCAAUCCUUUAGCUCUUCUUCAUAUGAUCAUAACUCGUUUUUGUGUGGGCCACCCACUUCCACAAAAUGUGGCCCCACAUCAGGGGAUGAUGCUAGUUCAAACAAGUCUCCAGUCAAUUCUACUUUGCUGAUCAUUAAUAUUCUAGGUUUAUUCAUUCUUCUUGUGUUGUUAAUGUUGUUAUAUAGAAAGAAUAAGCAACUUAAUCAAAAGUUCAAUGAGAAAUUUGAGAAAAAGAAUGUUACACAAGAGGACGACGAGGAACAGGGACAUGAAAUACCAAGUAGUGUUGUACCAAGUAGGGUUAGUCAAGCAACAAUGCCAAAGCAAGACCUAGGAAAGCUUGUUUUUGUGGAUGGAGAGCCAGAAUUCGAGCUCGGUGAUCUUAUGACGGCUUCGGCUCAGAGUUUGGGCACGGGGAAUUUUGGGAACACAUAUAGCGCUAGGUUAGAUGAUGGAAGAAAUGUCAUAGUGAAAAGGCUAAGAGAUUUGAAGCCACUGAGUCGCGAUGAAUUCAUGAACCACAUGAAAAUCAUCGCGGCUCAAAAACAUCCCAACUUGGUGCCGUUACUCGCUUAUUUUUACUCAAAUGAUGAGAAAUUGUUGGUGCACAAGUUCAUAAUGAGUGGGAAUCUUUUCAAUCGCCUUCAUGGAGGAAGAGGGACGGGAGAUCGAAUCCCAUUUCGAUGGGGACCAAGGCUAGCUGUUGCACGUGGAGUGGCUCGAGCCAUUGAGUACUUACACAACAAUCUUAAUACAACUCUAGUUCCCCAUGGUAAUCUAAAAUCAUCGAAUGUACUUAUCGAUGAAAACAACAUGGCACUAGUUUCCGACUAUGGUCUUACCUCGAUUAUCUCAAACACAGUCUCCGUUCAUCGGAUGGUUUCAUUCAAAUCUCCAGAAUUCCUAAUCUCUAAAAAGGUUUCAAAAAAGUCCGACGUGUGGAGCUAUGGUAGCCUAGUUAUGGAACUCCUCACUGGGAGGGUAAGCGUUCUCUCGGUUCCACAAGACAACAAAGCCGUGGAUCUUUGUAGUUGGGUUCAUCGUGCAGUUCGCGAAGAAUGGACCGCGGAGAUCUUUGAUUUGGAACUCAUGGUGCAAAGAAGUGCAAUCCAUGGGAUGUUGAAACUUUUACAACUAGCGGUCCGUUGUUGUGACAAAGUACCCGAAAAACGGCCUGACAUGAGUGAGGUGGUAAAAGAAGUUGAGAGCAUUAAGGUCCCUAACAUUGAUUCAGAGAGUGAAGAAGAUCUAUCCCUUGACCGGUCACUGACGGAUGAUUCUAUGUCAGCAACCCCAUCAAGAUGAAUAGAAUAUAUAGGCUGUUGAUCAUGACUUUGCAUUUCAAAUACACUAUUGGGGUCAUCCAGUACCGGAAUUCAAGAAUGCAUGAUCCAAAUUUAAGGAAAUUUUUAUUAUGGUAAUAAAAUGUUUAAGUUGGUUGAUGAUAAUAAGUUUGAAUGUAUUUGUUAUGCUUAUUGUAAAUUCAAAACUUGUCAGAA